AUGGCUCUAAGGAUGCUCUGGGCCGGACAAAGCAAGGGAACCCUGGGAGGCUGGAAGAUCAUGUGCUUGGUUGUGUCUCUGCUCCUCCAGCACCCAGGAGUUAACGGCAAGUGUUACUUCCAAGCUCAAGCCCCCUGCCACUAUGAAGGGAACUAUUUCACUCUGGGUGAAUCUUGGCUCCGCAAGGACUGUUUCCAUUGUACCUGUCUGCAUCCUGUUGGUGUGGGCUGCUGUGACACGUCUCAGCAUCCCAUUGACUUCCCUGCUGGCUGUGAAGUACGCCAGGAGGCAGGAACCUGUCAAUUUUCCCUGGUGCAAAAAUCUGACCCUCGGCUGCCCUGCAAAGGCGGAGGACCCAACUUAGAAUGGGGCUCAGCUCACACCUCUGUUCCUGGGGCUCCUGCUCCCCACUCCAGCUAA